UACCAGGCACAUCAUCUUACUGAAGCAGAGGAGUGUUUAACAGGUGUCAGAAACCACCAUGUCAGGUAAAAACUUCCAGGGACUGAAGGAACAGGUUGAAGGUGCAGCUAAAGAUGCUGCAAACACAUUGGGACGGGCUACUGAGGAUGCAGUCAACCAGAUUACAGGUGCAAGCCAGAAAGCUAUUGACAAGGCUUCCAAGGUGGCACAAGAUGGGGUAGAAAAAGCAACCGGACACGCUGCAGAAGCACUAUCUGGCCUUGGGAAAAAAUGUGGAUUUGAGAAAUGAUGCUCAUUUAAGCAAAUAGUAUUGCAUAUAAAAAUAUCUCUUUGGUCUACAGUUCCCUGCUCCUUUGUGUUUGGUGUCUGGAUAAUUUCUCUUUUUGAAUACAACAUUUUAAGGCAGAAGGCCCCCCUCAUCUCUUAUAUAGGAAAAAUACAUCUUUUAGCACAUCUGCUAACAAUCUUCAACAUUGCUCGUAAGGCUUCAGCAACACUGUUGCCCUUCUCUUACGACAGCACAAUUAUUAUUGCCACAUUUGCUGAGUGUAUUUACACAUCCAAUGAAAUUGUUCAUACUCCAGGACACCAGAACAUUUGUAUGAUGAAACUGAGUUUCCUUCCAAUAACCAGAAGUUAAGCUGGGGCUAUAUUUCUUUUCAGCUUUU